AUGUCUUCGGUUCACUCCCUCUUCAGUAACCAUCCGUCAAGGGACCGAGCAGUAUCUUCCACUUCAUCUCGCCCAUCUGCCUAUCGGAGCAGCCCUGGAGAUGCAUCCAUAAAUCAGGAUGCUCUGGAGAAAAAUAGUCUCGUCCGACCAUAUCUGCUCCUUUCACAAUCGCAGAGAAGUCAUAUCGACAUAUGUGACCCGGCACGUCAUUUCGGGACCGAGGUCCCCAAAAAGGCCAUUCAUAGCCCUCUUUUGUCCUUUUCUAUACUCUCUUUUGCUUCCCGGGACUGGGCGCUCGUCAACGCAAGCGAGGAUGAAUGGAGCACCGAGUAUUGCAGUCGUGCUCUGCAGCUCCUGAUUCCCGCCCUCGACGGGCCUAUUGAAUCUCUCGACGAAAACGUAUUUGCCGCGAUUGUACUACUGCGCCUCUAUGAGGAGAUGAGCGAUUCGGGCACCCAUCUAUUGGGAAGUACACGAUUGCUCAACUCGGCAUCAAGCUUCGCCUGCCGCGGAGGGCUCGGCGAAGCUGCAAGCUGGAUUGUUCUAAGACAACACAUUUACCUAUCCAUCACGAGGUAUCAGCCUAUCCGCAUCGACCUCGACCACUACCUCCGCUCCUCCUCCUUCCACGACUCCAGCCCGGAAUUUCUAACGAACCGCAUGGUCCUUUUGUGCGGCCGGGCCUUGAGUCCUUCACACAACACCCAAGGGCGAUUUGACACCGAGGGCUGGGAGAAACUGCGCAGUGAGGUCAUGAAAUGGUAUGAGUCGGUUUCGUGGCCGCUCAAGCCCAAUGUCGCGCCGUGCUUUGUGGGAGGUGAUACGCAGAGUCUGAAAAGUUUCUGGGUUACGAAACCUGUUCAUGGUACCCCCGGGCCCUUCUGGUUGAUACCCGUGGACACAGUCAUUGCAUAUCAACACUUUUAUUUCGCCAUGUUGCUACUGGCCCUGUACGAACCGCGAAACUGGGUUCCCGGUACCGAGGCUCUUCUGCACAGACCUAGAGUUGAGGAAGCGAUUCAAAACAACUUGAUGAUGAUUGUAAGCUUGGCAAUCAGUAACCCCAAAGUGAUUGUAGCCAGUCUCACAGCCCAUCAUAUUCUUUUCAUUUAUGGCCAAUUUCUCCAGGAGGAGUGGCACAAACGCGCAGUACUAGAAUUCUUGAGACCAUUGUCCAGGAAAUCUGGGUGGCCAACAGGCCAGUUGGUAAUGAAACUACAGGAGUUGUGGCCCAGUCUAUAG